GCUGGCCGGAGGGGCCACUAGGGACAGCGUCGCCUCAGAUAUCCUGCUGGAUGACAUCAUCCUUACCCAUUCUCUCUUCCUCCCAACGGAGAAAUUUCUGCAGGAGCUACACCAGUACUUUGUUCGGGCAGAGGCCUUGGAGGGCCCCGAGGGGCUGGGCCGGAAGCAGGCCUGUCUGGCCAUGCUCCUCCAUUUCUUGGACACCUACCAGGGGCUGCUGCAGGAGGAAGAGGGCGCCGGCCAGAUCAUCAAGGAUCUGUACCUGCUAAUUAUGAAGGAUGAGUCCCUUUACCAGGACCUUCGAGAGGACACACUGAGGCUGCACCAGCUUGUGGAGACGGUGGAGCUAAAGUACACUCUUGUCUUCUGCCGGGUCUACAUGCCUGAUCACUCUUAUGUGACCAUACGCAGCCGCCUCUCAGCAUCUGUGCAGGACAUCCUGGGCUCUGUGACGGAGAAACUGCAGUACUCAGAGGAGCCUGCAGGGCGUGAGGAUUCCCUCAUCCUUGUAGCUGUGGCCUCCUCAGGAGAGAAGGUCCUGCUGCAGCCGACUGAGGACUGUGUUUUCACCACGCUGGGCAUCAACAGCCACCUGUUUGCCUGUACCCGGGACAGUUAUGAGGCCCUGGUGCCCCUCCCUGAGGAGAUCCAGGUCUCUCCUGGAGACACAGAGAUCCACCGAGUGGAGCCCGAGGACGUUGCCAACCACCUUACUGCCUUCCACUGGGAGCUGUUCCAAUGUGUGCACGAGCUGGAGUUCGUGGACUACGUGUUCCACGGGGAGCGCGGCCGCCGGGAGACGGCCANAAAGCAUCCUCGCUGCCCACUGAAAGGCUUGCUGAUGCCCGGCCGUGUUCAUGCCAGGAUUCCCGAGGAGAACCAGCCGCCCAGCAAGCAGGUGAAGCCACUCUUCCGCCACUUCCGCCGGAUAGACUCCUGUCUGCAGACCCGAGUGGCCUUCCGGGGCUCCGAUGAGAGUGAGUGUGGGCACGAGGAGGACCAAGGAUUCCUGAGUAGCUCAGGGGAACACAUGGGGUCUUGGGGUUUGGGCACCUUCAGUGGAGUCCCCCUGUGUAGUAGAACCAGCUCCUCUCAAGCAUCUUCUUCAGAGGCCAGCCUCGGUGGGGAGCACAGCUGCAAGCAGAACCAGGACCUGCUGUCCCUCUACGCCGUGGUCAUGGGGCUGGACAACGCCGCCGUCAGCCGCCUGCGGCUCACCUGGGAGAAGCUGCCAGGGAAAUUCAAGAACUUGUUCCGCAAAUUUGAGAACCUGACGGACCCCUGCAGGAACCACAAAAGCUACCGGGAAGUCAUCUCCAAAAUGAAGCCCCCUGUGAUUCCCUUCGUGCCUCUGAUCCUCAAAGACCUGACAUUCCUGCACGAGGGGAGUAAGACCCUUGUAGAUGGUUUGGUGAACAUUGAGAAGCUGCAUUCAGUGGCUGAAAAAGUGAGGACAAUCCGCAAAUACCGGAGCCGGCCCCUUUGCCUGGACAUGGAGGCGUCCCCUCAUCACCUGCAGACCAAGGCCUAUGUGCGUCAGUUCCAGGUCAUUGACAACCAGAACCUCCUCUUUGAGCUCUCUUAUAAGCUGGAGGCGAAUAGUCAGUGAGAACAGAGGUUCUGGGCAGCGCCCACCAGGGGCCUUGGGCACCUGGCACUCAAGCACUUUGCACCAUGUCCUAACCCACAUCUGACAUCUUUCCCCUGGAGCAACUUACUGGCCCUCAGGAAAGAGUUGUGUGGACUUACCCUGGGACUGAUAAGCCUGUUCAUCCUGCUGAAGUCCUCUACCCCUUGCUUCUUCAAGCCAAAAUCACACUUUGCUGGUUCCUGCCCUUGCCGGGAAAGGGGGCAGAGAGCUCCCUCCUCUCUCCGCUCCCAUUGAGGUCUGCUCUGCAGGUGGAGUUUGCAACCUCCUCUUCCCAAGCAGGAAGGAAAAGCUGCCACCCUUCAUUUCGCAGAGCAGGAUUGUGGGAGGGAUUGCCACCCUUCUCCUCCACCUGUCUAGCCUCUACCUGGUCAGGAUGGGACUCCCGGAUGUACCCCCUGGAAUAUUAUUUUGCCCUGUGUCUGA